UCCUUGGUUCUCUGUCCGAGGGUGUGUUCAGUUAUGCUUUUUCUUCUGGUUCUCGGACAGUUUUGGGUUUUUCUUGACCUGUUGGUCUCCUCCUAUUGCUCUGGAACUUAAACUGAUUAGCUCAGAGCCUGAAGGCGGGUAUAUCCUGCUGGGAGGAGCCAACUGUUUUUGUUGCCAUAGUGUCACACACCUCCUAGAGACAGCAGCAUACACCCACAGUCUGUGUCCCCCAAUGGAUCCUUCGAGAAAGAGAUUUUAUGUGAUGACAUCGGGAGUUUGCUGUUAAAAGAAGUGAAUCUAUAAGGAAAUGAAACUUCGUGUUUAAGAAAUGGAGCCUUGCCCAUAUGAAGAAAACAUGGAGGAAAAAAGCAAAGAAAUUCUGCCUUCAAAGCAAAAAGACCUGUCGCUCAGGAGAUUGAAGGUGAUUCCAUCAGAUGUUUUGGUUGACACCACAAUUCUAACUCUUAAUCUUGAUAGAAACAAACUUAAAGGCGUCUCUGGGAUAAACCGUCUUCAGGAACUUAGAGUUUUAAUUCUUUCCAAAAACGAGCUGACUGAUUUCCCCAUGGAAAUCCAGAGUUUGAUACAUUUAGAAAAAUUGGAGCUAAACCAAAAUAAAAUACAAACUAUUCCCACUGGUAUAUUUCUCAAUCUUAAGGAUCUUAAACACCUGAAACUGAACAACAACCGUAUUUUACAACUACCAACGGACUUGGGCAGUUGUUCCAAGCUACAGUACCUAAACUUAUCCCACAAUCUAUUUAUUGACUUUCCUGAUUGUAUCUUAAAAAUAAAAAGUUUAAAAGAAGUUUACCUGGAGAACAAUAAACUCCAAAAAUUGCCUGUUGAGCUCUUCCUUGAUAUGUCUUUGAAAAAGUUCAAGGCUUCGUGCAACCAUCUGAGGGAACCUCCUGAUGAAGUGUGUGUGGGUGGCCUCAAACAGAUCCGCAGUUACUUCCUUCAACUACAAGAGACCCAAGGCAGGGAGGAGAAGAGGGUAAAAGUUAUUUUCAUUGGUGCAAGUCUGGCUGGAAAAACCACAAUAAGCAGGAGCCUCACACAGGGCCAUGUUGUUCCUGUGUCCUUAAAGGAAAGAACUGUGGGCAUAGAGAUCAGUGAAUUUCACAUCAAAGAUCUUACCUUUUUAUUCUGGGACUUUGCUGGACAUCUGGAGUAUUAUGGCACUCAUCAUGUUUUUAUUACUCCAUAUGCGCUUGUCAUCCUUGUUGUUAAUCUACACAGGUACCAGGUAGCUGAUGAACAGAAUUUUACGGACCUUGUGGGAUUCUGGAUAAAAAAUCUGGUCAUGAGGGUACCAAAUUCAGUAGUUAUGAUGGUGGGCACUCACACAGAUCUAUGCCAACCAGGGCAAAUGGAAGAGAAGAGUAAAGACAUUGAUGAAAAGAUCACCCGGAUGCUUGAUGAACAUAAGGCUAACCUCAACCACUUCAUAAACAACCUAGAGGAACGUCAAGACUCUGAGCUAUAUUUGGAGCAGGCAGAUAAGCUGAGAGAGUUAUCAAACUGCACUGUUCAUAUUUUGAAGGUGUUCCCUAUCAGAGGCAUACACUACAAUGACAUCGAAAAGCUUCAGAAUCAUAUUUUAAAUACUGUAUGCAAGGAAGAAUUAUUUCCAAAUAUAAUUAAAAUGCUACCCCCAAUCUACAAAAUAGUGGAAAAUGCCAUACUUGAAGUGAAACAAAAUGAAGAGACUCCACAACAUGGAAUGAUGGAUUUAGAUCAUCUUUUAAAUGAAGUCAUGCUUAAGACCAACAGGGACCUGGACAAAAACCUUCUCAAAGAUAUUUUGCGAUAUCUCCAUAGAAUUGGUCUGAUUGUGUGGUAUGAAGACAUCAAGCAAUUACUAAACACUGUAUUUCUGAAACCUGCAUUCCUCAUCGCAGUCUUCAAGAUGCUUGUUAGACAUGAUCUCUACGACCAACUAGGGGCGAUACCAGCUGAAGUUCUUAUUUCUGAAAGAGCCUUCAAACGCGAUGUUCUUAAAUGGCAAGAAACGCUACAGUCUAAAGCUAUGAUCCGUUUUCAAGCCAUUCGGGUUUUAGUUAAACACCAGCUACAGACCCUUUGUCUGCAGGAUUCAGAGGAUCUAUUUCAUGAUCUGAUCGGACAUGGAUCUCAGAAUGGAAAGCUACUAAGUCUCCUCAUGCAUUUCCAGAUCUGCAUGUCUGUUAGGAACAUGAAGAAACUCAAUCCAAAUGCACUGGAGUUUGUUCCGGGAAACACCUGGUUUGUGAAAGACUCUCAGAAAGAACUGUGCUACCUUUUUCCUACCUAUCUCAACAAUUUUAUGGAAGUUGCUGAGCGGUGGGGAGGAGACCACCAUGAUGACAUUCACAUUAGAAUGUAUUUAUCUCCUCGAAUUCCAGAAGGUUUUUUCCAAAGACUUAUGGUGAAAUCGUGUUCCUUUUAUUCCACUCACUGGGUAGAAAAAGACAAUUUUCUUUUAGUUAACAAUGGAAAACCACUGUUGAUAAAACAGUUCAACCAAUGGGCAGAUAGUUAUCUUGAGAUGCGUAGCCGGAAACCAAAAGGAACCAAUGAUUUCCAGUCUCUUUGGGACUUCAUGUUAACCAUUCUGUCUAUUGCCGAAAGACUUUGCAAGGAGUGGCCUGGACUUUUUUACUAUAUUCGAUCACCAUGUAGGACAAUAGGAUGUCCAGAUGAGCUUGAGUGGCCAGACAUGGAAAGGACAGGCUUUAUCUACAAUAUGAUAAAAGAAGACUUUAUGACAUGUGAGACAUGUUGUAAUACAGUCAAUAUGGAACUUCUCUUCCCAAAAGCAUCGGGUCACUCCAAGGAUCCUUGUCUGCCACCAACGAUUCAUGUCACGAACUAUGGCAUAGCAUCUAUUGUGUCACACCAGUAAAAUGGAGAAGAAAACUUCAUGUCAUGUGAUGUCUACAAGGAAGGCUCAUCUCUUUUAUCAAAAAAUCAAAGACUGAUUAAUAUUCUAUGGCUGAAAAGCCAUAGUUAUAUGUGGAAAAAUGUGUAAUCCUCUUGACAUUAUGGAAAUGAAAUGUUAUAAAUAUAUUGCAUGUAUAGAUGGUUAGGCUAUCUUUUAUUUUUUUA